GGGCUAGCCCGGACUUCCAGAAAACCUCUGACCGCACGCCUAGGGGAUUUCCUUAUAUUAGGCUGACCUCUGCCUUAUCUCGUGCUGCGCUUUCCAGGCGCAGCCGCGGCUCGGGAAGUCCUACUAUAACCUGAAAUCUUCUUGCUGCAGCCAAGUCUAUAGCAGUCUAUUUCCACCUUUUAGAUUCCGCUUCUCCUUCUGCCCCCAGAUGGCCCAUUCUUGACCCCUUCUCAGCCUCUGUCACCUGGGGGCUGCUUUUUCCAGCAGAGAGAUUCAAGUGGCCCAGCGUGUUUGUUGUGAAGGAUGUGCACGGUACUGGAGCAAGGAGGAGAUACAAAGGCCAGGCCUGAACUGUGAGGCCUAACUCCUUACCCAUACCAACCUCCCAUGGCUUCUGACCCAGGGCCAGGGUCUUGCUGAUGUGAACACAGCAGAGGGCCAGCAGAUGAAUGGAUACCUUGAAACACAGGAGCAGUGGGACCAGGCCUUGCCCCUGCUUCCCUCCAGCUGCCAUGGGGGUCCUGGACUUUGACUCCUACCCUCCUUCCUCCCCACAGAGGCCGGACCAGGAGCUGACCUGGAGCUGGGGCCAUAGGCCUAGGAGUGAAGCCAUGGCCCCACCACCGCCACUAGCCGCCAGCACCCCACUCCUGCAUGGCGAGUUUGGCUCCUACCCAGACCCAAGCCUACGCCUCGCCCUCACUCUCACACCACAGGCCCUGCACAUACAGAAGCUGCGCCCAAAGCCUGAAGCCAGGCCCCGGGGUGGCCUGGUACUGCUGACUGAGGUCUCAGGCUGCUGUACGCUGCGGAGCUGCAACCCCUCUGACUCAGCAGCCUACUUCUGCAUCUACACCUACCCGCGGGGCCGGCGCAAGGGCCGGCGCAAAGCCACACACACCUUCCAGGCUGACGGGGCAGCCACGUACGAGGAGAACCGUGCUGAGGCCCAGCGCUGGGCAACUGCCCUCACAUGCCUGCUCCGUGGACUGCCGCUGCCUGGGGAUGGGGAAAUCACCUCUCAGCUUCUGCCAAGGCCACCCCGAUUACUCCUAUUGGUCAAUCCCUUUGGGGGGCGGGGCCUGGCCUGGCAGUGGUGUAAGAACCAUGUGCUGCCCAUGAUCUCCGAAGCUGGGCUGUCCUUCAACCUCAUCCAGACAGAACGACAGAAUCACGCCCGGGAGCUGGUCCAGGGGCUGAGCCUGAGUGAGUGGGACGGAAUUGUCACGCUCUCAGGAGAUGGGCUGCUGUAUGAGGUGCUGAACGGACUCCUGGAUCGCCCCGACUGGGAAGAAGCUGUGAAGACGCCUGUGGGUAUCCUCCCCUGUGGCUCGGGCAACGCACUGGCAGGAGCCGUGAACCAGCAUGGGGGGUUUAAGCCGGCCCUAGGCAUUGACCUGCUGCUCAACUGCUCACUGUUGCUCUGCCGGGGUGGCAGCCACCCACUGGACCUGCUCUCUGUGACGCUGGCCUCAGGGUCCCGCUGUUUCUCCUUCCUGUCUGUGGCCUGGGGCUUUGUGUCAGACGUGGACAUCCAGAGUGAGCGCUUCAGGGCCUUGGGCAGUGCCCGCUUCACGCUGAGCACGGUGCUGGGCCUUGCCACGCUGCAUACCUACCGUGGACGUCUCUCCUACCUCCCUGCAACCAUGGAGCCUGCCUCACCCACCCCUGCCCAUGGCCUGCCUCGUGCCAAAUCAGAGCUGACCCUGGCCCCAGCUCCAGCCCCACCUGUGGCCCACUCACCCCUGCAUCGUUCUGUGUCUGACCUGCCCCUGCCCCUGCCUCAGCCUGCCUUGAUGUCCCCAGGCUCACCUGAACCACUGCCCAUCCUGUCCCUCAAUGGUGGGGGUCCAGAGCUGGCUGGGGACUGGGGUGGGGCUGGGGAUGCUCCGCUGUCCCCAGACCCACUGGUGCCCUCACCCCCUGGUUCUCCCAAGGCAGCUCUACUGUCACCCAUCAUCGAGGGGGCCCCAGAAACGCCAGCAUCCUCUGAGGUCCUGCCUCCCACUCCUGAUGGUGACCAGGUAGCCGUCUCUCCUGGGGGCCCACUGGACCACCUGCUCCCUCCUCUGGGCACCCCAUUACCCCCAGGCUGGGUGACGCUGGAAGGGGACUUUGUGCUUAUGUUGGCCAUCUCACCCAGCCACCUUGGGGCUGACCUGGUGGCAGCUCCCCAUGCACGCUUUGACGAUGGCCUGGUGCACCUGUGCUGGGUGCGCGGUGGCAUCUCGCGGACUGCGCUGCUGCGCCUUUUCCUGGCCAUGGAGCAUGGCAGCCACUUCAGCCUGGGCUGCCCGCAGCUGUGCUAUGCCCCAGCCCGUGCUUUCCGCCUCGAGCCUCUCACGCCUCGUGGAGUGCUCACAGUGGACGGGGAGCAGGUGGAGUACGGGCCGCUGCAGGCGCAGGUGCAUCCCGGCCUCGGUACAUUGCUCACUGGGCCUCCAGGCCACUCCGGGAGAGAGCCCUGAACCUAACAAAACUUGGAGCCCGCCAGGGGCGGGGCCUACAUUCCAAGGGGCGGGGCCCGGCUGCUAGAGUUAGGCGGACCGCCUCACGUGCAGGGGCUGUAGCCCUGUCUCAGGAUUGUGCCCGCCCCCAGUGGACCAGAAGUGGUGCUGGAGAAUGGCCCGAAUUCCAGGGAUUGGAAGUCGUCAGGGUCACAUCAGAGGGCUCGCCCAGAGGGUAGCGCCUGACUAGUGUGGGCGGGGCUCACUCCACACCCUCCUCGAAGGCCUGGUCGGCUGAGGGCGGAACUUGUCUUAACGCGCCGUCCAAUGACCGGACGUGGAAUGUACGGGCUGAGAGAGGCCUCAGUUAAUUGGCCAGUCAGGACCGGGUCUCAUCCUGUCCACUCCGGUGCCUCCACUUAACUGGCCAGUCAGCCCAAGCGGGGCAGGUUCCCCCGGGCCGACGCUCGGAUUUGCACUAAAGUUCCUCUCCGCCCCUGCGGGUGCGGAAGGGGAAGUUCAUUUCCUGUCUUCUGUCUCCUGUGCGUCCCCCAACCCCAAUCUUCAAAGCAAUUGAAAAAGUCUAUGCAAUAAAGGUAGUCGCUUCAUC